AACCAUCGCCGGAACGGAAGAGGGAGAAAAGUACAAAUAUCUUGGAUAUCUGCAAGCAAACAGCAAAGCAGACAUGUCAACCGAGGCAAGGCACCCUGUGAUAGUAUACAUACACGGAGAAUCCUUCGAGUGGAAUUCCGGAAAUCCCUAUGAUGGAAGCGUUUUAGCUUCGUACGCCGACUUAGUUGUAGUUACACUGAAUUAUAGGCUAGGAAUAUUAGGUUUUCUAAACGCCAAUCCUGCGCCACAUUUGAAGGCGCGUGUAGCCAACUACGGGCUGAUGGACCAGAUAGCAGCACUUCACUGGAUACAGCAGAACAUCGCUCUAUUUGGUGGUGACCCGACGAACGUGACCUUGGCAGGACACGGGUCUGGAGCAGCCUGCAUCAACUUUCUUAUGAUAUCACCUACGGUUAUGCCAGGAUUGUUCCACAGAACGAUACUUCUCUCGGGGUCAGCUCUAGCGUCGUGGGCACUGGUAGAAGACCCAGUCAACUAUGCCGUCAAACUAGCGAGAGAAGUCAAUUGUAGUAUUCCAGAAGAUGUCGGCAAGGACCACGAAUCGAUAGUAGACUGUCUUCGGCAAGUACCGCUAGUUCACCUUCUGCAAGCUGACAUUACUCCUCCAGCCUACCUGAGCGCUUUUGGACCCAGCGUUGAUGGAGUUGUCAUCAAAGCGGAUUUUGCUAAGGAGUUGGUUACGUAUUUCAAGCCUCAGGACCUGCAGAAUUUUGUCGGAUCAUCGGUGAACUCGAACAUGAAACGUAGCGAGGCCAGCCUGACCCCUCGGGGUAGCAACCCCUACGACCUCCUGUUUGGCGUAGUGACCAGCGAGGCUCUUUGGAGGUUCUCAAACAACGACAUCACGGCGGGCUUUGAAGGCGAGCGAAGGGACAAAAUCAUCAGGACUUAUGUAAGGAACGCCUACACGUAUCACCUGAGCGAGAUCUUUUUUACUGUGGUCAACGAGUACACGGACUGGGAGAGGACUGUGCAACAUCCCAUCAACACCCGAGACGCAGUUGUCGCAGCACUGAGCGAUGCUCAGUUUGUGGCACCUCUGGUUCAGACUGGUGACCUUCUGAGCGCUAGACCUCCACAGCCUGGUCAGGAGCAGAGAGGACCAAAAACUUUUUUCUAUGUAUUUGACUAUCAGACGAAGGAAGGGGACUAUCCACAGAGGAUGGGUACCGUACAUGGAGAGGAACUGCCUUAUAUCUUCGGAGCUCCACUAGUGGAUGGAUUUAGCCAUUUCCCAAAGAACUAUACGAGAGCAGAGCUAGCACUUUCGGAAUCAUUCAUCAUCUAUGUGGCCAACUUCGCCAGAACUGGGUGAGUAUCGAACACAU